AAAAGGGUUGGGAAUAAUUUCAUGAUGAUUAUUAAAAAAAACUUUUUUUAUUUGGUUAUUUUGGCUUCGAUGGUAUUUUGCAUUCGUGGAAAAAAUAAUAAUGAAACAAAUUCCCACAGAUGCGUUGCAUACGGAGAAGUAUGUGAUAUUAAGAAUAGAUUAACAUGUUGCAACCCGAAAUUUAUAUGUAAACUAGCAGUUGAUGAUAAUUAUUUCAUGUGUGCAAAAGAAGCCAAAUUGGGAGAUAAUUGUCUAUUUGAUGAGGAUUGUGGGACUGUAUGGCACGCAAAAUGUUCGAGUGAUAACAAAUGUGUUUGUAUGUUAAAUCACAUACAAAAAAAUAUAAAUAAUUGCGUGCCGUUAUUAGGUGAAUAUUGUUUAAAAAAUGGCGAGUGUGGGACGGAAAAUUCUUUCUGUCUGAAUAAUGAAUGCCGAUGUAAGGAUUCUUUUUAUGAAUAUUCCAAAAAGCAAUGCCUACCAAAAAUUAUUGGUAAAGAAUGUCAGGAAGAUACAGAUUGUAGAGAAAUAAAAUUUGCGGAAUGCUCAAAAAGAAAAGUUUGUGUCUGUGCCAAAAACACAGUAGCGCUAUCUCCGGGAUUGUGCUACCCAUUAUUAAAUGAAGCUUGUCAAGUGGAUGAAGAUUGCAAGGUAGAUUAUUCUAUUUGCAUCGAAAAUGUAUGCAAAUGCAAACCUAAACAUUUUUCUUCUUCUAUUGGAAAUUGCACGCAAAUGUAUCUAGGUAUGCCUUGUAAAUAUGACUUACAAUGUAGAAUCUACAUGGAUAAAACGAAAUGCUCCCCGGAUAAAGUAUGUACGUGUGAAUAUAAUCACUUUCAAAGAAAAGAUGGAUUUUGUAAACCUGAAUGGGAAAGAUCAUGUUUGAAUGAUGAACUAUGUAAUGAUGAAAAUUCUAUUUGUGUUGAUGAUAAAUGUCAAUGUAAGCCACAAUUUAAAGUUCAAGGAUCAAAAUGUAUACCAGUAAUUGGGAUUAAUUAUUGUGAUACUGAUGCUGAUUGUGAUCAAAUGUGGUUUUCAGUAUGCUCAAGUGAUAGAAAAUGUAUUUGUAGAGACGGAUUUUUUGAAAUCAAAAAAGGAACAUGUGUACUUCAAUUGAAAAAAGUUUGUAGAGUUAAUAAACAAUGCCGUAUUCCUAAUUCUAUUUGCGAUGAUGUUGAAUCAGUUGUUCGAUCUUGUUACAACCAUCACCUUAAUUGUCGCUUAUUUACGAAUGUAAAGUAUUUAAAAAAUGGAGAUUUUGCUUGUACUGAGUAUAAGGUAGAAAUAAACACAACAGCGUGUGCUACAUGGUCAGGUAAAUUUUGCACGAAUGGUGAUCAAUGUGGCUCAAAAUAUUCUGUUUGUGUUAAUAAUGAAUGUCAAUGUAAAUUGGAAUAUGUGUCUCAUUCUGAUAUUGACUGUCCGACACCUUUUAUAGGUAUGACUUGUCAAUAUGACUCAUAUUGCAAAAAAUUAAUCAAGAAUUCGCUGUGUCUAAACAAAAUAUGUAUCUGCGGUGUUAAUUAUUCUGAAAAAAAUGGAAAAUGUCUUCCUAAAUUACACGUUUCAUGCUCGGAUAAAGAACAAUGUGCACCGAAAAACUCUUUCUGUAUCGAUGAAAAAUGUCACUGCAACAUUCAAUAUAUUCGGCAAGGAGAUGAAUGUCCACCACCGAUACAAGUUAGAUCGUGUAAAGCAGAUCAAGAUUGUUGGCAUUUCCGAAAUUCACGCUGCUCUUUGAAUAACAUAUGCAUUUGUAAGGAAAAAAGUUUUGCAUCUAAUGCGGAUUAUUGUUACCCUGUAUUGGAUGGAUUUUGUAAGUAUGAUGAACAAUGUGGGUUGAAUUUCAAUUGCGUUGAUUUUAAGUGCCAAUGCAAACCUACAUUUUCACCGAUUUCUGUUAACCAAUGCGUAUCGACUCACCAGCUAUACUCUUGCAGUAGCAUUCUCGAUUGUAGUGAUCGGUGGCAUUUAGAUUGUUCAAAUAAUAAAUGCGUUUGUAGUAUCAACAAUAUUGCCAUCAAUAACUCAACAUGCUUACCAAUUUUAGGUGGAUAUUGUUGGCGAGACGAUCAGUGCCAAGCUAUAGAUUCUAUUUGUAUUGAUUAUCGGUGUCAAUGCAAAUCGACUCACGUUGCUAUCGCCAAUAAUUUAUGUAUGGAUAUUGUUGGUGAGAUGAUCAGUGUGUGGUCGGAAAUUCUAUUUCUAAAGAUUAUCUGUGUCAAUUGUGAUCCCAAUGAUGGAGUAACAUGUUGCGAUGAAAAGUUAACAUGUAAACAAACAAGCUCUAAUAAUUCGUUGGUGUGUAUAGAAGAAGGAAAAUUCCUCAAAACAUGUAAUACCGAUGCCGAUUGUAAAAUGAUACAGUUCGCUGUAUGCUCAAACGAUAAAAAAUGUACUUGUAAAGACGACUUCACCAAAUUUGAUGAAAUUAGGUGUAUAGCUAAAGUGGGUAAAAUUUGUUUCACUGAUAAUGAAUGUCCCAUCAAAUUUUCAGUUUGUAAACAAAAUAAAUGUCGGUGUAAACUUGGUUACUUGAAUGUCGCUGAUAAACAAUGUGUUCUAAUCGAAUCACCUUCUCGAUCUUGUUACAGCAAUGAUCCUAAUUGUCGAUUAUUUAUAACUGCAAAGUUUCUAGCAAAUAGACAGUAUGUUUGUACCGAGUAUAGGGUAAAAAUAAAUUCAACGGCUUGUACUGCAUCAUUAGAUAAAUUUUGCACAAAAAAAAAUUGCUGUGUCUCAAAAUAUUCUGUUUGUAUCAAUAAUAAGUGUCAAUGUAAAUUCAAAUACGUAUCUCACUCUUACAUUGAUUGUCCAUCACCGCACAUAGCUAUGCCGUGUCAGUAUGACUCAUAUUGCAGGAAAUUUAUCAAACAGUCAGUAUGCAGGAAAAAUAUAUGUGUUUGUGAUGACAAUUAUUUACCGAUAAACAAUAAAAUAUGUCUUCCGAAAUUAGAUGUACUCUGUAGAAAUAAUGAAAAGUGCGCGGUGGAAAAUUCUGAUUGUAUUAAUAAUAGAUGUCAAUGUAAACUUCAUUACGUUAAUCGUGGAUUUAAAUGUGGUACACUCACACGAAGCCGAUUUUGUAGAGCAGACCGAGAUUGCUGGGACUUGGGAAAUUCGCGAUGCUCAUUAAACGAAAUUUGCGUUUGUAAGGAUAAUAAUUUCGCAUUCAAUAAUCAUACUUGUUACUCCGUGUUAAAUGGAGUCUGUUCUUAUGAUGAAGAGUGUGAAAAAAACUUUCAUUGUCUCGAUUCUACGUGUCAAUGUAAACCAUUGUUUUCAUCAGUAUCUGUCUAUGAAUGCAGAGAAACCAAACUGUUAUACUCUUGUAAUGAUAAUUCAGAUUGCAGUGACUCGUGGCAUGCAAAAUGCUCAAAAAAUAAAAAAUGUGUUUGUAAUGUCAACAAUAUUGCUGUCAGCAAUACAACAUGCUUACCAAUUUUAGAUGGAUAUUGUUGGCAAGAUGAUCAGUGCAUGGUCGGAAAUUCUAUUUGUGAAGAUUUUCGUUGUAAAUGUAGAACGAAUUUCGUUGCUAUUGCAGAUAAUUUAUGUAUACUUAAAAAUUAA